AAAUAUUAGUACGCGACCGGCUGAGACAUGAGUAACCAACUAAUUAGUGAACUAAAACUCCAGGAAUACUAUAAAGUGUCCCUGGAGCUGGUCAAAAAAUGUGGUCCCCUUUUUCUGGAGGGCUUUCUGAAGCCCAAAACUGAUUACGAGGUGAAAUCUGCUUUCUAUGACUUGGUCACCGUCUACGACCAAGAGAUCGAGGUGACUCUCACAGCUGGUUUGCUCAAGGCCUUUCCCGAGUCUCGUAUUAUUGGCGAAGAGGCGCUAUCAGUAUCUCAGGCUCAAGCAGAACUAACAGAUGCCCCCACCUGGAUCAUAGACCCCAUCGAUGGGACAAACAAUUUCGUUCGCAAAAUCCCCCACUGCUGCAUCUCCGUGGGCUUGGCCGUCAACAAGGAGCUGGUGGUGGGCAUCAUCUAUAAUCCGUCGACAAGUGAAUUGUAUUCCGCGUGGAAGGGCCACGGAGCCUUCUUGAAUGGUCAACCUAUCAGCGUAGCCUCCGGCGUAGUCUCGAUCCAACAGGCUAUUGUGGGCUUUGAAAUGUCUCUAAUCGUUGUGGCCAAGGGACGGGAUAAAAACGUAAAGCGUCUGGGAAAGCUAGCAUCGAAUGCCACUGCCACUCGAAGUUUUGGCAGCGCAGCUCUGACGCUCUGCUAUAUAGCCAAAGGAUGCUGUGAUGCCUACCAUGUGGAGAAUCUAAAGCCCUGGGAUCUGGCCGCUGGUGCAAUAAUUCUCACUGAAGCGGGUGGCAGAAUCUACCACACCAGUGGCGGUAAAUUUGAGGUGCUGCAACCGGACUGUGUCUGCGCUUGCAGCGAAGAACUGGCACAAGAUGUGAUCCAGUUGAUAGCGGAGGCCGAUCGGAUAACGGAAUAUACGUUCCAGUGAGCAUAACAAUAAAAUGUACACAAAAGAUGA